AGGAAGUGGGUUGAAGACCAUAAUAAAGCUGCUGCUGGCUGAUGACUAUUAAAUUAUACAUGCUGUGGCAACGGAUAAAAAUACAGUGAUGACUUUUCAUUAACUGUUGAACCACUGUCUUCUGGAAAAGCUGUAAGGCGAAGUAGCACCAAGUACGCCUAAUAAGUUUAUCAUAAUUCAGUCUUGGGAAGACCUUUUCAAUGUCUUCUGGCUGUCCACCGCAGUCUCCUGCCGUGGCGAAGUCUGAGGUAGCAGUCGAGGGAGAAUGCCCGCUGCUGGCUGCCACCUUCGCCUACUGGGACAACAUCCUGGGUCCUCGGGUGCGCCACAUCUGGACACCGAAGGGCGACCAGUCGAUGUUCCUCAGCGACGGAGACGUCACGUUUCUGGCUAAUCACACGCUUAACGGGGAGAUCCUGCGCAGCGCCGAAUGUGGCGCCGUGGACGUGAAGUUCUUCGUCCUGGCGGAGAAGGGCGUCAUCAUCGUGUCUCUCAUCUUUGAUGGAGAGCUGAAGGGGGACAAGAACACAUGCGCCCUGUCUGUUAUUCUGCCUCAGACGGAGCUGGCCUUCUACCUGCCCCUGCACACCAUCUGCGUGGAGAGGCUGAAGCACGUCAUCCGCAAGGGACGCAUUUGGAUGCAGAAGGGCUACAAUAUCAUCUCAGUACUCAGCUUGGAGAUCGUCCCAAUCAUGGAGCUGCUGGCGUCUAUGAAGACACACUGUGUGCCAGAAGAUAUAGAUAUAAAGGACACUGUGCUAAAUGAUGAUGACAUCGGGGACAGCUGCCACGAGGAUUUCCUCCACAAGGCCAUCAGCUCUCAUCUGCAGACGUGCGGCUGUUCAAUAGUGGUUGGAAGCAACCCAGAGAAAGUAAACAAGAUUGUGCGCACCCUCUGCUUGUUCCUCACCCCGGCUGAGAGGAAGUGCUCUCGCCUCUGCAGGGCCGACUCUUCCUUCAAAUAUGACACCGGCCUCUUCGUUCAGGGUCUGCUCAAGGACUCCACAGGAAGCUUUGUCCUGCCGUUCCGCCAGGUGCUAUACUCCCCCUACCCGACCACGCACAUAGAUGUCGACAUCAACACGGUCAAGCAGAUGCCUCCGUGCCACGAGCACACGUUCAACCAGCGGCGCUACAUGCGAUCCGAGCUAAACGCGCUCUGGAAGACGGACAGCGAGGAGGACAUACCUCCGGACACGGUCAUUCACACUGACGAAAACUUCACACCUGACCUAAAUAUUUUCCAAGAUGUCAUGCAUAAGGACACUUUGGUCAAGUGCUUUAUAGAUGAGGUGUUCAUGCUGAAGCCGGGCCUGUCCCUACGGAGCACCUAUCUGGCCCAGUUCCUGCUGCUGCUUCACAGGAAAGCCCUCACACUUCUCAAGUACAUCGAGGACGAAACGCAAAAAGGGAAGAAGCCAUUUCGAUCGCUGCGCAACUUAAAGACGGACCUGGACCUGACCGUGGAAGGGGACCUGAACAUCGUCAUGGCGUUCGCCGAGAAGCUGAGGGCGGGACUUCACUCGUUCGUGUUUGGGAAGCCGUUCUACACCAGCAUGCAGGAGCGAGACGUGCUCAUGAGCUUUUGACUUCCGUCGCUCGCCCGCACUUUACCCACCGGACGUUCUGUUGCGUUGUUAAAUAGAAGCAUGCGUGUCGACAGAAGGCUACCAACUGGCAGGUGCUUGCUCCUUCUUUGCCAAAGUGAAGAGAACAUUUCGCCUUCCUGUUGUGUCUUGAACAAUAUAUUAUAGAGACUGAUUGUUACUGCUGUUAUGAGCCAUUAGAAUUAAAGGUUUGACACAUUGCCUUGAUCAUCUGUAAGCAUGAUGUGAGUGUGAUGUUUUCAGAAGUGUCAGCGGGAUGAAUUAUUCACAUGUUCUGCCUUCUGUUAAUAGACAUGCUGUAUUAAUUUAUGGUGUUAAAAUCGGCUGCGGUGCCCACCGGGACGUGUGCAGCUCAGUUUAAAAUGAUAUUUAUUAAAACGCGAAUUAUUCGUUUCUUCCAAGCCUGUGUUAGACAACAACAUCUGCUGGCCUUUGAACAUUUUGAACUUGUAGAUUGCCUUGAUUUUUUUCUUUUUUUUCUUUUUUACAAUUCAGUUUAUGAACAAGUGUGCUGAAUGUGAAUGUAAAAAAGGUUGUGAUUAAUCACAAAGCACUGGGAUUUCAGUAAUGGAACAAGACAAAAGCACUGUAAAUGUAAUCCAAACACAAUCCGUCCUUCACGAGCAGAAGUGUGUACGUACUGUAUCUGAGUGCCAUCAUUAAAUGCAUCUACACGGUGA